AUGGAGUCGUCACUGCCGCCGCCGCCGCCGCCGCAUUCGCCGCCCGAGUCAGUGGCAGCGAGCGCUGAGGAUUUGAUGCCGCAAUCGAUGGAGGAGCGCGUGUUCAACUUGUCGCAGGAACUCACGCAGACGGACCCGUCCGCGCCUGCGCUCUCGGACGACGAGAUUAUCACGAAGCUCAACGUGAUUGCUGAGACGCUCGAGGAGGUGGAAGCGACUUUUCGCAAGGAGCGGUCGUCGCCAUCGUCGCGACGUCACGUGUCUCAUUUUUCGUACGACUCUAUGUGGAUCAUGUACGGCUGUUUGUUUUGCAUGGCAGGCCACUUGAUUGGCAACCUAUUGCAGGAGCUUGCGCAAAACGAAGAUUUUUAUCCAAUGCUUGAAGAGAAAUUGUCGGAUCUAAGUGGAAGCCGCGUGAAAGCAGCGACAUGUCGACUGCUACUGGCCACUGUGCCAGUGAAUAGCCGAGCAAUUGUGCGCAUGUUGGACGUUGACGACGAGAUGCUGGACCGCGUGUGUGGGUUUGCCCCGGACGCCGAUCCGGCAUUGCGAUGUUAUGCUACUGGGCUCUUAUCCGUGGGACUGCAGGGACCGCUCGAGUGA